AUGGCCAAGACACUAGCCCAGGGAAGGAAACCAGGCUCCGGACGGAAACCGGGAAAAGGCAAGACCUUGGCCCAGGGCAGGAAACCUGGGUCAGGGAGAAAGCCUGGAAGUAAAGGUCACGUGGCGAAAAAGGACCCGCUGAGAGAUUUGAACGCGGUGUUACAAGCACAAAUCCAAACGGAGGCAGGGCAGGCUCCCGUGGCACCUGAGGGUCUGAGAAUCACGGGCUCGGGCUCCAGCACGGGUUCCAGCACCAGCGUCAGUUCGUCGUUUGCAGCAUCGCCCGUGAAUCAGAUCCAGAAACGCAACCAAGUAAACACAGGACUGCCCGUGCCAGGAUCCAAUAUUUCCCUACGCAACGACGCCUUGCGCUCCUCCAAUCUCGGUAUGGGAUCAAGGCCGGUAAAUCCAGGAAUGGACAUCUCUUCCAAUAACCAAAUGAAUCCAAAAAAUAAUUUUUCUGGCGCCCACAACCCGAUCAUUACGGGCUUAUCCGCUAACAACAGUUUGAAUAGUGUCGCGCAUAAUCACUCCGCACGCGUCCCAUCAAUGGAAAUGUUCAAUCGAACACACUCGCCGCCUGUGCUUCAACCUGCUGCUUCUGCUUUUCUUCCGCUCCAACCAUGGGCGGCCUCCUCUGCCACCUCACUGCUGCCAGGAUUCCCGCCCUUCAUGUCGGCAAACAUUCCUCAGCAGUCGUCGCGGCCUAAUACAUCCAGUUCUCGAUCUCCAAAACUUUUCACGGACCGCUUCGGUAUACCAGGUGAUCCUGACUCUAUCGCAUCGUUUGCAUCCCACUCGCAUGCCAACCGCGAUUAA